AAACACAUCCAUAACCCAAACCCCAAACCAAAUCGUACAAGUUUCAACAACCAAGGUACAACUUCAAACAACAGCCCUAACAACGUUCUCUCACAAUAACAGAGGCACCCUACGAAGCGGUACAUUUCGAUAACCCUUGGUGGCAAUAGCACAACAAAAUCACCGCAACUGCCUCCACAAUCGUCCUCCGUUCACUCAAUCACCGCCCAAAAUCAUCGCAACCGCCAUGCUCCUCCGCCGUCAACGGCCAGGAUCACAACACCGACGAACAUGAUUCAAUGAUUACGCUGGGAACAACUAACAAUGCCAGCAUGUGUCCUGUUUCACCUAGGGAUUUUUCACCGAUAUUCGUCUAAUUUACAUGGCCUUAUCAAGGUUGUUGGCUGUUGCCAACGUUAGAAAGGCAGCACAUUCCAUUCUCCCAACCCGUAACAUCUAUUUCUCCGAACUAAACAAUCGCGGAACCCAAUUGGUAGUCGGGUUUUCCCGCUCCUACUAUAAACUAUCUUCACAGUAUAAUAUUCAUGGCAAACGCCUCACUUCUUGUACAUUCCAUCAAGCAAAGGGAACCCUAUGGAGUUACAAACAUUUUCAAAGAUUCUAUUUCAUAUCCGCAAGCACUAAAGUUUCACACCGUGCUCAAAUCGCAUGGAGAACGGUCUCCCAAAUCUGUACCUACAAUUGGCCAUCACAACCGAUGAAUCGGAUCGCUUGUGCGGUUAGUUUUGCGUUAAGUAGAUCGCAGUUGAUUGCUCCCGGUAUAUUAGCGUUUGUGUUAGGCGAACUCGCAUGCACGCAAAGAACAUGGGCCGAAGCCGAUGGGUUUUUGUAUAAAACCGAUCUUUACACACACGCGCAAGAUGGGCGUGUUUACUUAACCUCAUUUAUCUUCUCUCUUGUAGAAGUUUUGAUAUUAUGCUUUAGAGCGGUAUAUUUAGCAUUUCUGUUUGCACCAUGUAUAGCUAUGGCUCCUUUUGCCGAUUCAUUCGGCGUCGAGUUUCGUAACAAAUGGCUACGGUGUGUCCAUUACACUUUAAAAAAGGCCGGGCCCGCGUUUAUCAAAUGGGGUCAGUGGGCCGCUUCAAGGCCCGAUCUUUUUCCAAACGAUUUAUGCGCAGAGCUUGCAGAACUUCAAACAAAAGCACCGGCACAUAGCUACGCGUACACAAAGAAAACUAUCGAAAAAGCAUUUAGCCGUUCAUUACCCGAAAUAUUCGAAAAUUUCGAGGAAGAACCGGUAGCUUCCGGAAGUAUAGCUCAAGUUCAUCGAGCAACGUUAAAGUUUCGACAUCCCGGUCAACGUAUCAAGCCUAUUCUUGUUGCGGUUAAGGUUAGACAUCCGGGAGUCAGUGAAGCGAUUAGAAGGGAUUUUAUAUUGUUAAAUAUAUUUGCGAAAGUGUCGGUGUUUAUUCCUACUUUGAAAUGGUUGAGACUCGAUGAAAGCAUACAGCAAUUUGCUGUAUUUAUGAUGUCGCAAGUUGAUCUUUCGAGAGAGGCGGCUCAUUUGAGUCGGUUUAUUUACAAUUUUAGAAGAUGGAAAGAUGUGUCGUUCCCUAGGCCGUUAUAUCCGCUCGUACAUCCGGCUAUUUUAGUGGAAACGUUUGAGCAUGGUGAAAGUAUUUUGCAUUAUGUGGAUGAGCUUGAAGGACAUGUAGGCGUUAAAUCUGGCCUUGCGCAUAUUGGGACUCAUGCACUUCUAAAGAUGCUUUUGGUUGACAAUUUCAUCCAUGCAGAUAUGCAUCCAGGAAACAUUCUUGUAAGAAUGACACAGGGCCCAGCUCCAGAUACUGGGCUGUUUAAAUCGAAACCUCAUGUAAUCUUCCUUGAUGUUGGCAUGACUGCUGAACUUUGCAAAAAAGAUCGGGUCAACCUGAUUGAGUUUUUCAAGGCUAUUGCGCUUCAAAAUGGCCGUGCUGCCGCUGAACACACCCUUAAGUUUUCCAAACAUCAAAGCUGCCCAAAUCCUGCAGCUUUCAUCAAGGAUGUUGAGAAAUCGUUUAACUUAUGGAGGUCUGCAGAAGGUGAAUCUUUAAAUCCUGCAGACUGCAUGCAACAGUUGCUUGAACAAGUCAGGCGUCAUAGAGUUAAUAUUGACGGCAAUGUGUGCACUGUAAUAGUAACCACUUUGGUUUUAGAGGGUUGGCAACGGAAGCUGGAUCCCGAGUAUGAUGUGAUCCACACAUUGCAAAAUCUUCUAUUUAAAACGGAUUUGGUGGAGGAUUUAUUCUAUACAAUUGAAGGACUCAUGGCUCCAUGAGGAAAGCUUCAACAUCCAUUCCUCCCUUAUAAAUAUAUCAUGUCAUUUUUACAAUGUGUUUUGCAGGAAUAAGAAAGAAAAAAAAGAGUUCUAGUAGACUACAUGAUUUGAUUGUCUUGUAACAAACAAUAAACACACACCUGCACCUUCAAGAACGAAAGGGCCUUUUUCUUCUUUUCAUUUUGAUCAUUGUUUGUAUAACUUGUAACGUUCUAAAUCCCAAGAGUCGAUUUUGUUUUUUC